AUGGCUAACAAUAAGUGCAACAAGCUGUGGGGCCUGAGCCGGCAGCCGAAGUCCGCUGAAAUCAUACAGUCCGUAACGGGUAGGAGCCUACCUCGGCCGGUGCCUACCCGUUGGAAUAGUUUGUAUGAUUCUCUCAAGGCUCUCCUCGGGGUGAAGGAAAAAAUGCCCGCCUUGAUGGCCAGCCUACAGCUCCCGGAUAACCUGAACGAAAGCGAUUUCUCCCAUAUACAGGAAUACCUUAAUUGCUUGGAGCCGAUCGCCGUCGCCUUGGGUUUGCUUCAGAGCGUGAGCGACCACUUCAAAGACAUCUUCAAUAUCCGUACAACGGCAGGCCAGAAAUGUGCAAUCGCAACACUGUCCAUGCCUUUGUUUAAAAGAUGGCUCCUGCGGCACAUUCCCACAGAGGAGAGUCUAUACCUCCGCAUCCGAUUCAAGCAGCUCAUUCGCGAUCGCCAAUCCACGCCUGAAGAAGCCCAAGAAUUGCCUGCACCGAUGGAAACGGACGAUUUUUUCAAUUUGGCCGAUGAUUUCCCGGGAACUUCAUCGGCAGCGCCUGUGGAUUCAUCGGACAGGAUCUUGGGCGAGUACUUGAACGACGCCGACCCGGAACUCAGCAUGCUGGACAGGCAUCCAAUAAUCAGCGCAAUCUUCCGAGAGUAUAAUACGCAGCCGCCUUCCAGCGCUCAGGCCGAGCGCUUAUUUUCAUACGCCACCAUGGUCAAUGCGCCGAAGUCAAACCGUCUUAGCGACGAGAAAUUUGAGCAGCGAGUCAUUCUACGGCAUUUCAAUUGUCUUUCCAAUUGA